AUGACAGCUGCUAGUGACAAUGAACAAUAUGUUGAGUUAGAAUUGACACCUGAACUCCAUAGUAUCUUUAUGGAGAUUAAGGAUCUUUUCUCUGUGUAUAUUUCUAGUUAUGUUCAUGUGCUCAAUAAAUUUAUUGGCAUACUUCGUAAAAUUUCUACUUUAAGAUUUGAAAGAUCCACCCUGAUUAAAUAUGUUAAAAAGUUGAGGUUUUACAAUGAUAGACUUUCAAAUUUUGAGUUCUCAGAUCCUGCGAAUGCUGAGUGUAGUGUACCUGUUGAAUCAGUAGUUAGAGAAAUCAGUGCAUUUUAUUUGAAAGUUUUAGAAACUAUUGAUAUACUAAACUACUAUUUAACUAGAUCGUUACAAUCAGAAAUUGUUUCGAAAACAUUGAACUUUAAUCUAACAUUACCAGAUGACACUAUCAGUAGAAUUGAAGAAAGUUACAAUUGUUUUAUCAAAUUCGUCCAAUGGAUGAUGGAAUCCAUCUCUAUCAAUGAUGAAUUAUUACAAAUAGAAAUUAUCCAAUUCUCGUUAAAAUGUGCAAUCGAGGAUAAUGUUGAUUUGGAAGAAACCGACAAUAUUUUCUUAACAGAAGUUACUCCCGUUGAAGACAUAGAAGAAUACGAGACAUUGGCUCUACAAUGGUCCGAAGUAUUAUCUGGGUCUAUAUCUGCAUUGACUAACCAAUUUGAUCAAUCUGUUGUUGUGUGGAUCGAAAACUCUGAAAAGAAAGCCAACAAGUAG